AUGCCUCGAACCUCGCCCCCCGCCUUCCCCGUCCGACCCAAGAAAAGAAACAGGAGACAUUCUAUCCGUCUCUUGUUCUUCUGCCCGUUAUUUGCUGUCUGUGUGUCAGCCCAGUCUCCUCAUUUUUAUUUAUUUUUUGACCUCGGUCACCCCUUUUGGCCACAGUCGUCGUCGGCGUCUUCCAAGUAUCCGUACGAAGUACUGACCGAGAUGAAAGAAAGACGGACUAAUAAUACUACGGAGUACUUCUUCUUGUAG